AUGUCUUAUUGGCAACCACCGCCACCUCCUCCACCUCCGCCACCUCCUUCACAUAACUAUGGAAAUCCGGGUCCAUCGCAUCCAAUGAACUUUGGAUAUCCACCACCAAUGGGAGGACCUCCGUCAAUGGGAGGACCUCCGCCAAUGGGAGGACCUCCGAUGCAUUCGAUGGGAGGACCGCCGAUGGGAGGAAUGCCACCGAUGCCAGGACCACCGCCAAUGCCACCACCACCGCCAAAUCGUCACGACAUGCCUCCGUUUCGUCAUGAUAUGCCUCCUCAUCCACAUCGUCACGACAUGCCCCCUCAUCCACAUCGUAAUGACAUGCCUCCUUAUCCAAAUCGCCAUGAUAUGCCUCCUCAUCUAAAUCGCCAUGAUAUGCCACCUCAUCUUAAUCGGCACGACAUGCCACCUCAUCCAAAUCGACACGAUAUGCCUCCUCAUCCGAAUCGCCACGAUAUGCCUCCUCAUCCGAAUCGCCACGACAUGCCUCCAUUCCGUCAUGACAUGCCUCCUCAUCCCCAUCGCCGUGAUAUGCAUCCACCACAUCGUCAUGAAAUGCAUCCUCCCCAUCCACGCCACGACAUGCCGCCACAUCCUCGUCAUGAUAUGCCUCCGAUGGAGCUCAGAGAGUUCGGAGAGUGGACUGAGCAGACAAGUUCUACUGGCCGGAAGUACUUUUACAACAAUAGAACAGAGGUCAGUUAUUUUCUUACAUCUAGCCAUUCAAAUAUUUCAAUUCAUGUCGAAGAAAACUUCAUGUCUUUUUUGAAGCGUAAAACUCUUGAACUCUUUUCAAAAAAUGCUCUACGUCUUGAGCCAUUUCAAAGUUAGAAUAUCCACCAUUAGAAACGCUUUUUGGAAAAAUCAACAAUUACAUUAUGGCUUGUACAUGUCAAAAAAAAAUAUUGAAUAAUCACAUCGGAAAGAAUUCAAACUGUCUUCAAAAGAGCGUCAAAAUCAUAACGCCAUCUCUUUCUUGUUUUUCGUACUUGUCCAAUCUCGAACUCAUCGAUCUCUUUUCUCAAGGUUUUCUCGAUUGAUAUAAUAUAAAUAAGUGUUACAAUAAAUUUUGAAGCGUUUCACAACGGCUUUGACUAGUUUAAGACACUCAAUUAUUUUUGGAUGCUUAUUAUUGAGUACUUUUUGAGUAAUUUGCAAAGUACAAUUUUGAUCAAUUUCAUAAAGUACAGCAAAACAAAUUCACAGUCUUCAUUUCUCACGUGAAAAAAUUUUGUUUGACGAAUCCAUUCGCACAACUGCUUGAACACCGGCUAAAGUCCGUUCUUUCAGAUUUCACAAUGGGAUAAACCACGCGAAUGGAGAGAAUAUGAGCAAAGAAUGGUUCGAGACCGCAUGGGACCUCCUCCGCCAGAACAUAAUCGAUUUCAGGUUUUUGAAAUUUCGGUUUUUGAUAAUUUAGGUAUUCGCUUCAGAAUAUGCCACCUUAUCCACCUCCAAAUCCUCCGAAUCCUCCAAUGCCGCCUCCGCCUCCUUUUUCAUUCAACAUGCCGCCACCGCAGAACUUCUGUGGACCUCCGCCGUUUGCUCAACCGCCUCCUCCUUUCGGUCAAUUUCCAACACCAAUGCACCGUAAGCUUUCAUUUUGAAACAAACAAAUGUUUAAACCACCAUUUUGAAAAUCUGUAAACUACAUCGAGUAUUCUCGUUGGUUGUCAUUAUUAUGUUAGUUUUUGAUCCUAUCUUCUUCCCAAAAAAAUCUUAUUUCAAACUAUCAGUUACAUGAGUUAAAAAAAACUUUAAUGAAACCGGGUUCCCGAAAAAAACAUUUUUUAAUCAUUUAAUUCACAAGUCAUCACUAGGGAAAAAAGGAAAAUCAUUUUUUUUUCUUUUGAAGAAUUCUCUCGAGUUAUAACGUUUCAUCGAAAAUUAAGAUAGAAGGAAAACAUAGCUCGAAUGAAAAAUUUACAAGAGAUGCUAAACACCAGCUUUUCAGCGCCUCCGCCGCCGUUCUUUCAAGGAAUGUUCCCUCCGCCGCCACCCCCGAAUGUGCCACCUCCGAAUGCGCCACCUCCAACUCCGCCAAAACCAAUGUAAAUCAAAUAUUCUUUCGAACUUGCUUAUAAUAUUGAUUUCAGCGUCAAACUGACAGUUGUUUCUCCCACACCAGUCCCUCCCAAGCCUGUGGCAGCUCCGCCAGUGCCUCCCAAAAUUCCAACUUUGACUAAAACAGUAAGAAAAUAUUGAAAAUCUCAAAACUUUGAAGUUCAGCCUUCCAAACCCGCGGUGCCGAUCAAAAAUACUCCGACUCCGGUGACGUCGGGUCAAAAACCUGUGACGACCUCUUCACAAUCGGUUUUUUGAUUUUACUUCUCCAGUCCAUCCAUCAAGAAUUGAAAGACGAGGGAAACGUAGAAGUGUGCGGGACGCUGUUCUUGACCCGAUCCAAAUCAAUGAAUGGAUCACAAUAAAUAAAAAGAGCUAUAAACAAGCUUUAAAAAUAGUUGUUGACGGUUGAAUUGAUCUUGUGCUGAGAACCGCAAACGUUACGCGUUCCGCUCCCUUUUCCGCCUCCCUCGCCUUUCAAGCGGGAAAAAAUUGGUUAGAGUUUGAAAAACAUUCCAAUAUCAAUUUAGGCACAGAAAAAUGUUCCACAAGCGCCAAGUAAUUUGCAACACAAGCCCACAAUUUCUUUGGGGCCAUCUCCAGCAACCAAGUCAAAGUGAACUUUUAGAAAUUGAAAUUUGUUCCCAUUUGAAGAGGCUUCAGAAAGAAGUUAUUUUCAGAGAAAAACACAAAGAACACAAAGAACAUAAAGAACGACAUCGAGAAAAAGAGAAGGAGAAACAUGAACGACACAAACAGAAAGAACGGGAACGUGGGAAGGAACGAGAGAAGCAUCAUCAUAAGGAAAAAGAAGAAAAAGAGCGCCAUGCCUUGAAAAGGUAGGAGUUUUUCUAUUUACAUUACAACUGAAUGCUAGGAUAUUUCAAUUUAAAACUCAAAAAUUAUUUUAAUAUUGUUCCAAAUUUUUUUAGAAGCCACGCUUCUCAUCAUUCUGUGCCUGGUGCCUCGUCUUCAUCCCGACAUGGCCACUCGGCAAAACGAGUAAGUUCCAAAAAAACAUUCAUAAUGAAAAAAAUUGUUCUUUCGUUGAUUUUUUUCGGUUCAAACUUAUAAUUAUUAAGCCAUGCGUUGGUCGUGAUGAAAAAACAAUGAAAGGAACGGAAAAAGGACAGCCCGGAAUCCCUCAAGAGCUCCUGAGAGAAAUCCACGUCAAAGUAGACGAACUGGAAGGCCCUGCUUCUCCUUCGCCACCCAAUCGCUCUUUCUCACCAACAGAGGCGGUCGCAGAAGUUUCGCGUGCCAUGAGGGCGGUUCGCCGGAGUGGGUUUUGGGAUGAGGAUCUGAAAACUUUAGCGAAGGAUUUUAUUCUCAUAAAAACUCGACAGCACAUCAAGCUUCAUUAAAAACUUGAUAUGCUUGAUAGUCCAGAAAACUUUUGUAACUCAUUAAAAACAUGGAUAUGCUAAAUAAUUUCUCAUCCUACACCUUUCUUGCUUUUCAAAUCGAGAGUUUCAAAAUUUUGUCGUAUAGUGUCGAGAAAAUGAAAAAAACCUAUUAGAACCGUGGGUUUUAGGAAACCAAAUUUGGGUUUCUCUAAAUGUUCAGUCCAGAACUAAUUGAAAAUCUUUCAUGAUGCUUUCUGAAUAUGUUUGCGCCAAAAAAAAACAGAUAUAAAUCCUUUUAUUAGAGUAAUUACUAACACAAACACAAAAGCUUUACAAGGUCACAUAAUUCAACGUUUCUAUCAAUUUUUCUCUUCUAUCUCAUCAAAAUGUGAUAUUUUCUGGUUGUGAGGUAUAUGAACUCAAAGUGUAAAACUUUUCUUGCAGGUGGAAGACCUUACAUUCCAAUCAGAAAACGCAAUCCUCAGCUUUGGGCGGAUAUGAUGCGCUACUACGAUCCUAGAUUGGCCGAAGCAAAAAAGAAAGAGCUUGGCUUUGAAGAAUUUUACGACGAUCGACGCGAUUAUGUGAGUUUUUUCCGUGACAGUCAUAGUUCUUAUGAUAUCUUCAGUGGCGCGUGAAAAACCAACAGAUGAAGUUGGAACUCCAAAUUUCUUCUAAUCUCGACGCGAUCGGUUCUGCACAUGUCCUUUCCCAAGUUCAGAACUACGAAAACAGGCUGCUCGAAGAAAAGGUUCAAGUGAUCAAGGUAAGAAAAAAAUCGUGAAUAUUUUCCCAGAUAAUUGUGGGAAAGAGCAAACUUCGAAAUUGAAAAAAAUAGUCACCCUUUUUUUACAUUUUUUUGAAACUAAAAAAAAAAAAAAAUUAAGUUUCACAGCCCGAUCAAAUAAUUUGAUGCGAUUUUUAGGAAACAUUUUAACUGAUAAUUUCAAGUUCUUUACCAACAUUCCCUUUAUAUUGAAAAAUAAAACGAAAAAUUCGUAAAUGAUUUUUUUUGUUUCAAUUGUGAAGCUUAGAAUGAAAUUGUACGAUAAAAAUUUUGAACAUGUUUUUGCGAAUGUUCUAUGACUGUUAAAGUUCACCAUUUAAUCAAAAAUUUCUUUUUUUAGUUUCUAAGUCCUCAAGAAUUAUUGAAAGUGUCAAUUUUCAGUUGGAAGCCAAUGUUUGAAGAUAUUAUCUUCAUUGGCAGGUAAUCAAAGAAAAAGAAAAGGGAUAACUCAGAAGAAGCAUUUUUCUAAUUUCAUUAGGAGGUAUGAUUAAUUUGAUUCUCAUCACUUAGAAAAAGUCAAUACUAUAUUGGAAGGCUAGUCAAUGAUGGCAAAACUCAAAAAAAAAGAAACUAGAAAAUGAAAAUUUUUUUUUGUGCUAACGGAAAUUUUUUGAGAUUUCUUAAACUUGGAUAACAAGGGCAGCAAGAACCAACUUUUCAGAACUCUCUGAAAACGCUGGACAGUCGACUGUCGGAGAACCUCUCGAUGAGCAGGAUGCCGACCCAAGGAUUCCUCGGCAAGGAAAUCACCGAACUGCUCACCGGGAAGGUCUCCCCGGUAAUCCCAGCUGCUCCUGAUUCGCCUGACUUCAGCUACAGCGUUCCUUCUCAUCACAGCAGUCCUUGUUGUUCUUAUGCGCCGCCCAAGUAG